AUGGUGCCCCUACGCGUCUGCCACCGCCUCGUCCACCUGCGCGGCCUCCCCUCCUCGCUUCGGCCUCCUCUCCCCUCCACCAUGGCGGCGCCCCAACCCGGCUGCAAAACCCUUCGCCCCACCACUACUUCUUCGCCGUCUCCUGCCGGCCCGGCCACCAAGAGGUCCAGGACAAUGGCCACGGACGCGGCGGCUUCUCCGGCCUCGGCGGGGUGCUCCGCGAUGAAGGCCGAGUUCACGGGCCACGCCGAGUACCUCAACGCGCUGAAUGAUAAAAGGGAAAGGCUUGUGAAAGCAAGUCGGGAUGUGACAAUGAACAGCAAAAAGGUCAUCUUUCAGGUCCACAGGAUCAGCAAAAAUAACAGGGAGGAAGUUCUUUCAAAGGCGGAAAAUGACCUUGCUGCUGUGGUUAACCAGUACAUUGGCAAAUUAGUAAAAGAACUACAGGGAACCGACUUCUGGAAGCUCAGAAGAGCCUAUACCCCUGGUGUACAAGAAUAUAUUGAGGCCGCAACAUUUUGUAGAUUUUGCAAGACUGGCACUUUAUUGGGUCUAGCUGAAAUUAAUGAUUCUUUGCUUGCUCUAAGUGAUGAAUCCAUUGAGCCCUUGCAGAUAAAUGUGCUUGACUAUCUAUUAGGGGUUGCUGAUUUGUCAGGAGAGCUAAUGAGGCUUGCAAUUGGACGUAUAUCUGACGGGGAAGUUGAAUAUGCUAAAAAUAUAUGUGCAUUUGUACGUGACAUUUAUAGGGAACUGACCCUUCUUGUGCCACUGAUGGAUGACAAUAAUGAGAUGAAGAAGAAAAUGGAGGUUAUGCUUCAAAGUGUAGUGAAAAUUGAGAAUGCUUGCUUCAGUGUUCAUGUGAGAGGAUCUGAAUACAUCCCUAUGCUGGGAACAUCUGGCGAGUCAGACUACGCCUUCUUCGGUGCCGCCGAUUAUGACCAAUGA